GUCAGCGCCAGAAACAAAGCACAGUCUAAGUUCCUCUCUGGAAGGAGCAGCAGUCAGCAUGACAGCAAUAGCAGUGCAGGCGCAACAAUUAUUUGCUCACAGAAGACCGAAGAGAGCAUUCUUUGAGACGGUCAUAAGGAGCCUGAUUAUCCUCUGUGUUGCAAUAGCAAUAGUCCUGUCAUCCAUUUCCGUGUGUGAUGGUCACUGGCUAUUUGCCAAAGGAAAACUCUUUGGAUUGUGGCACCUCUGUGCCAUUGGGAACAAUAGUGUCCUGAAAUGUACCACCAGUCUUACAAUGGCCAACAUCAGUGGGCUCAAUGUUGGAAUGAGUCUUGCAAGAAGUAUGGUGUCUUUUGCUGUUGUGGUAGCAAUCUUUGGCCUGGAACUCCUCAUGGUCUCUCAAGUGUGCGAAGACAUCGGCUCAAGAAAGAAGUGGUCAAUGGGAUCGCUCCUCAUUCUUCUCUCGUUUCUGCUGUCACUCAGUGGAAUUUUGAGCUUCUUGAUCCUUCUAAGAGACUACAUCAACUUCAUGGGCUUUACAUUAACCUACUGGUGCGAGUUCACUGCCACCUUCCUUUUCUUCCUCAAUGGGAUCAGUGGACUUCACCUUAACACCAUAACAUUUCCUCAGAACAGGAUGAGAAAAAAAUAAGAACGCUGGAUGUCAGUUCCACUAU